AUGGCAUUUAGUGUGCUGCUACUUUUCAUCUCUGUGUGUGUUUCAACCGGAGAAUCAUCUCCGACUAAUCCACAUCGUGUUCAAUUUCAUCUGCCCGACAAUACACCGGCUAAUCACUUGGUGGGAAAUAUCCUCGGUGGAGUAUCCCUUGCUCAACCUCUUGUUCGCGCCAUGCUUAACCCGGAUACCUGGUUUCGUGUGACCAAUACCGGUGAUCUAUUCACACGUGAUAGCCUCGAUCGGGAUACUAUUUGCAGCCGAUUAGCCUGUUGCCUGGCGGAUUUUUGCCAAAUUCAACUGGAGGCCUAUUUGUUCGACUCACGACCUACCCCCACCACCGUCCGUGUAACCUUGUUUGUGGCUGACGAGAACGAUAACCCACCGACAUUUCCUCAACUGUCUCAAAAAGACAAAGAAGCCAAAUGGUGGCAAGUGUCUAUUCCUGAAUCUGCAGCAGUUGGGACAAAGCACACUUUACCAGCGGCCACGGAUGCGGACUCAUCUCGCUUCGGUGUGCAUCAUUAUAAAUUGUUCAGUGCGGCUAAUUCAAGAUCACCGAUGCGACCGGAUGAUCGUUUACCAUUCAGUCUUGUCACACCUCCAACCACCUAUCCCAUGCCCGUUGUAGCUCCGGCUCCACAGUUGCAAAUCGAUCGACCACUAGACAGGGAAACCAAGCCUAGCUAUGAUAUGUAUCUAGUUGUCGAAGAUGCUGGAUCUCCACCCUUGACAACCACACUUUCUGUUCGCGUGAACCUACUGGAUACGAAUGAUAAUGCACCCAGUUUUGUCAAUCAAACCGAUUUGGCCAUUAGCAUUCCCGAGAGCACAUCGAUUGGAAGUGUGGUUCAUCAGUUUUUUGUCAAAGACCCAGACGAAGGACCCAAUGGAAAUGUAACCUUAAGUAUUGACUGGCCAGCGAGUUACCCGGGAGUGAACCAGACCGUGUUAAAUCGACUGAGCUCGAAAUAUAUGAUUCAUCCAUACACUGGAGAACUUCGUGUGGUACAACCUUUGGACUAUGAAGAUGAACUGGAACGAAAAGUUGUUCUCGUAGUUCGAGCAGCCGAUAGCGGUUCACCUCAACAGACUGCCAGUUCAAGUUUGACUAUUACGCUGACAGAUGUAAAUGAUAACGGUCCGGUAAUUGAAAUACUCGGUGUUGAUGUACGAAACGAUCCCAUUUCGGAUGGCGGUACGGGUGUAUCAACGUUCAAAGAGAAUGACCCCGAGCCCCAACUGCUGCGGUUGAUUUCAGUUAGUGAUCCGGACACUGUAUCGAUUGGGAAAUUAUCAUGCAAAUUGUCUGAUCAACAUCAGGGUGAGAAUGAUUUUGUUCUCACAUCUUACUCGGAUACCAUGUACGGGUUGUUGAAUGCACGAGCAUUUGAUUAUGAACGUGAAGCCAGUCGAACGGGUCAUCUUUCUGUCAGUGUCGAGUGCACAGAUUCAGCCGAACCAAAACGAACCAGACAACAAUGGAUACAAAUUCCGCUGGUUGAUGUGAAUGACAACUGGCCACAAUUUAGUCAGGCUAAUUACGAAUUCCGUAUUGCUGAGAAUACUGAACCAGGGACCGAGAUAGGUGUGGUACAGGCCACGGACGCAGAUUCCGGAUUUCACGGUCAGGUGACAUAUCGUCUAACUGCUGACAACGCAGCUUGGUUGAAUCUAGUUCGAAUUGAUCCGAAAACCGGUACCGUGUACGUGAACGCGAUGCUUGAUCGUGAGACAGUGGAUCAUCUGGAAUUUCACGUGACUGCAUCGGAUGGCAAUCCGAACGCUGCGGAUUCGGAGAAAGCUAUGCAAAAGACAAACACGACAGGACUGACAAUUUUAGUUACUGAUGUAAAUGACAAUGCCCCGACAUGUGUUGGUUCAAAAGAGAUUCAUGUAAGUGAGAACACCGCAAUCGGAACUCGGGUGUUGAAAAAAAUUGCCGUUUCAGAUCCAGACCUGGGACCGAAUGGUUCCGUGUUGGUUAGUCUGAUUGAAUUGCCAUACAUGUACUCCAUCAAUUUGAUUAAUCAUGGACUACAUUCAGCGUCCACUGUGCCGGAAAAACGACAAUAUUUACCAUUUGUGAUUAAAGAUGAUUUAUCCCUGGUCACUUCGGGUGCUCUUGAUCGGGAACAACAAACACAAGUCAUUCUUACGCUUCUUGUUAAAGAUCAAGGUCAACCAAUCCCUCUGUCCGCCACAUGCAGUUUGACUGUCGUAAUUGAUGACGUCAAUGAUAAUCCACCUCAACUAAUCUAUCCUCGAAAUAACAGUUUCUUGUUUGGUCAGCGCGAGCAUUCCGAACCACACACUCCGUAUGCACGUGCCACAAUCCCGGCCAAUAUCCCAUACGGAUCGAGGAUAAUCACAAUUCGAGGCAAAGAUCCGGAUGCCGGUUCAAACGGGACAGUCACAUAUCAUCUACUAGCCCAAACCGAUCCGAUUCGCAGAGACAUAAUGAUGGAUUUUACCGAACUUGGUUCAAACGACCCAUUUCUUGAGGAAGGUGUGCUCGUCUACAGAGACGGAAUGCAUCUAUUUGAGUUGGACUCACAAACCGGCUUCAUGACAACCGCCUGGGGCCAGUCACAGGACAAUUCGGCAUCAGAACCCGUGGAAGAGAUUGCACCGUCAAAUGGCAGUUCGGAAAUUGUAAAAAGACGCCGACGAGUUGAGCAACCAGAACCAGGACUGUACGCGAUUUUGGUGGAGUUAAGGGACAUGGGUCCUACCCCAAUGACAACCAAAGCCAUCUUCUAUGUAAACAUAAGCGAACCGGUUGGAAUGGGGUUCGCUUUUGGUCUGUUUAGUGAAACCAACCUGAGUAAUACGGUUAUUUUGGUUUUGAUUAUGGUAUGUAGUUUGGCACUGAUAAUCAGCCUGACUGCAGCAAUAUUUUGGGUACGCUUUCGUAAUGAUAGUUCUAUCAUCAGUAGACCAGGAAGUCGAAACUACGGAGGAAGUUAUAAUGGUCCGACGGUGAUUACUCACGACAGUAUGCCGAAUGGAUACUUCUAUCCUGCCAGUUACCCUCCUCUGGGAAGUCCUACAGAUUUAUCGGAAAUGGAUCAUCGAUUCAUAGAUUCCACACUCAUGCACGGGAAGGAUGGUACACUUCAAACCAAUUGGACCGAGCUCAACCUGGAUACAGGUCAGUCUCCGGAUUAUCAGGCUGGUAUGUACGGUGGUUCAUUGGUCCCAUCUAGUUUGGAUGGGACGGCUACCACAUUCCAGUUGUGCUCCAUGAGUAAACCGGAAGAGGCAGCGGCCACUGUCUAUCCCAGUGGAAUUCAUCUGGUCCCAGUCAGUGGUUGCGGUGGUGGUGCUGGGGCUGGGUCCGGGAUUGGAAGUGAUCGUACAGAACUAACUGUGUAUCAGACUACUAGAACCCUUAGUGGAACUCCGAAUUGGUUACCCUGUACAGAUUCUUACGUGACCGAUCCAACAAUGAUAAUACGCAUGGAUGGUGGAUAUGGACCUGUGGAAUGUAUGGGUCUUGGUCAGGCUACUAACAAUAGUACUGGUGGCAGUGAUAGCGGUGUGGACAGUGGUGCUGGUGUUGCUUUGGGUACAAUCACAUCCUCCUCUCCGGUCAUGGAUGGUCGUGGUCGAACCAAUCACAUAUCCAAUCCGAUUGGCAAAUCCGGUUUUGUGGAUCAUUUACAUUCAUCAACUGUGCCAAGAACAUUUUUCACUCGUAAUUCACCCACAUCUCUGUCACCCACGGAUGGGAUUGACGCGUCCACGCAUACUGGUGAUGCGGUAGCACAUGGACCGCGAGAACCAUACUUUCGUGUCGGUUCCAACACACCGCACACAAUGCAAAUGGUUCACCAUCCAAACUCUACACUUGGUCAUACUCUGAGAAGAGAGAACGAUACGGAUUUACAAACCGUUUCGGUUGGGACGACAAAACGACUAAAAAAUAGUUCACACUCAGGUAUUCUUGUUUCGACAACCCUCUAUUCAAAUGGACUGAAAUGA